UCCAAAAUGUCUGCGCCCAUAGUUCAUUGGAUUUGUCGUGAGCUGUCUCAAUUAUUAGGUUUUGAGGCGACAGAAGACAUAGCAAGGUAUAUUUUAGCUAUAGAAAAUGCCAGAGACCUUGAAGAAUAUAUGCUUGAGCUACUUGAUGGUACAGAUCCAAAGAACAGAAAGUUCAUCAAUGAACUGCUGAAAAAGUCUCAUCCAUCAGUACAGGUGCCAGAUAAUGUUCAGGUUUAUAAGAAAAAUUCAAGUGAAAAUGACUUUCAUCAAGCACCAGAAAAAUCUAAAAGCAAAAAGAAAAACAGGGAUAAACAAAUAGUGGACCAGCCAAAGGAUUUAAAACCAGAAAGUGUGGAAAAUAGUGCCAAAUAUUCUGAUGGAACUGCGGGAAAGAAUAAGCAAAAAUUUGUGCCACUGUACAGUCAAGAAGGUCAAGACCGAAUGACUGUUAAAAUUUCAGGACGUCAUGUUUGUGAAUGCCAAGCAGCCAAGCACAAGUUAAUUAACAACUGUGUCCACUGUGGGCGAGUAGUAUGCGACCAGGAAGGGUCAGGCCCUUGUCUGUUUUGUGGACACCUGGUCUGUACAAAGGAAGAGGAAGAGAUUUUGUCUAGAGGUUCCAAAAAAAGUGAAAAACUACGUCAGUUUUUGCUUAGAGACCAAAGUGAUGCCAGUGAUGGGAGCAAAGAAAUAUUUCGCCACACUCAACCUAAUGCUAAGUCAAAAUUUGAUGCUGCUUUGCAACACAAAGCUAAACUGCUAGAAUAUGAUAGAACAAGUGCAAAAAGGACACAGGUUAUUGAUGACCAAUCAGACUAUUAUUCAGUAGAUACCCAAUGGCUGUCUAAAGACGAAAAAAAGAAAUUGGCAAAAAGAGAAGAGGAAAUUAGACAGUUACGACAUGGCUCUAGGCUGGACAGGAAGAUCACCUUUGAUUUUGCCGGAAGGAGAGUUUUGGAUGCGGAGAUGGACAAUACAGUCACUGGGAGGGAAGAUGCUGUGGUUCAGGAAAUUUAUUAUGGUGCUAAGCCUAAGCAACCUCUCCAUAAACAGCCACUUAAUCAGUCUAGUCUCAUUAACCCUCACAUUGGACAGGUAGCUCCAAAGUUCGUAGCAACAGAAGUGCCAGACAGGGUGCCAGCCUCAUCAGAUAUAACCAACAAACCUGUGGACAAACGCUCAGGAGUGAGACUCCAGGAUCGUGAACUCCAGGAGAUGUCAGAUGAGGGAAUGUGUCUCAGCAUGCACCAGCCCUGGGCCUCUUUACUUGUCCAAGGAAUAAAAAUGCAUGAGGGACGGAGCUGGUAUUCCCCCCAUAGAGGACGCCUGUGGAUAGCUGCUACUUCAAAAAGUCCAGAACCAGAAGUUAUAGCCACACUAGAACAGGAGUAUAGAUUACAGUAUCAAAAUUGUACUUUAAAUUUCCCUAAAAUGUACCCCACUGGCUGUUUGCUAGGCUGUGUUGAUGUGCAGGAUGUAUUACCACAGGACCAAUAUAGAGAAAAAUUCCCAGACGGAGAAUCCUCAUCACCGUAUGUAUUCAUUUGUGAGUCUCCACAGGAAUUAGUGCUUAAAUUUCCAAUCAAGGGAAAGCAUAAAAUUUAUAAAUUAGAGGCAAACAUACACCAAGCUGCCAAGAAAGGACUAAAGCAGGUUGCUACCAUCACUAAGUAAGGCUGAGGAAUAAUGUGACAGAUGGGAUCUGAAGGUGAACUUGGCAGUGUUUUCAGGCUUUGGCUUUCAC